CUUCGUGAAACCCGCUUUCGACCUCUUCAGGGACGCUCGCCAGCACGGCGUGGCUGCCAACACCAAGUCUUACAACAUCUUGAUGCGGGCGAUGUGCCUGAGUGGGGAACUGAGCAUUGCCUACAAGCUGUUCAACGAAAUGCUCAAGAGAGACGUUGUUCCGAAUGUCGAAUCCUACCGCAUUCUGAUGCAAGCUUUGUGCAGGAAGAGUCAGGUUAACGGAGCUGUUGAUCUGUUGGAGGACAUGUUGAACAAAGGGUUCGUGCCCGAUGCCCUGACCUACACCACCCUGCUGAACAGCCUGUGCAGGAAGAAGCAGCUUAGGGAGGCUUACAAGCUUCUCUGCAGGAUGAAGGUGAAAGGCUGCAACCCUGACCUUGUUCAUUACAACACUGUAAUACUCGGGUUCUGCAGAGAAGGCCGCGCGACGGACGCCUGCAAGGUUCUGGAGGACAUGGAGUCGAAUGGGUGCUUGCCGAACCUGGUCUCUUACAGAACUCUGGUUGGUGGGUUGUGUGAUCAAGGGAUGUUUGAUGAAGCAAAGGGCUACCUGCAGGAGAUGCUGGCGAAAGGAUUUUCGCUGCAUUUUUCGGUUGCUGAUGCUGUGGUGAAGGGUCUUUGUGGUCUUGGCAAGGUUGAGGAAGCUUGUGAAGUGGUGGAAGUAUUGCUUAAUCAUGGAGUGGCUCUGCAUAUAGGGGAACAAAAAGCAGAGGAGGAGGCGGCCAUGGCUUCAACUUGCUCCACCACUUUGUCGAUCUCAUCUUCUUCCUCAAGCCUCGUGGAUGCAGCCAAGGGUCCUCGCCAGCCUGCAGCGUCUUCUGCUACUCAAUGCGUCACUCUCCCCACACUUCCCCCUCUCGCAGCUGCCCGCCCUUCUUCCAAGGCCGCAACUUACUGUCGGAAGAUUGCUCGCAAUGUCGUGUCCAUGGCGACGGCAGGGGAUCCUGCUGCUCCUGCUGAGGUUGACACAACUGAGCUGCCUGAGCUUGUGAAGACUGUUCAAGAAGCUUGGGAUAAAGUGGAAGACAAGUAUGCAGUGUCUUCUCUAGCUGCGGCUGGUGUACUUGCAAUCUGGAGUUCUUCUGGGAUGAUCUCGGUUAAGUGUCUAGUCCAGAUUUUGAUUUCUGUUUGCUACUUUCCCCAAAUUCCAUUCUGUUUUUUCUCAGUUUUCUGCUUUGCUUGCUUGCUGCCUUUAUCUCCUAUAUUGCAGGCUAUCGACAGGCUUCCUUUAGUUCCUGGUGUUCUUGAGAUUGUGGGCAUUGGUUACACUGGAGUAAGUCCUUCCUUUUUUCGUAGUAUUUCUUUUUCGUUGGUUAUCGACCCCAAGUGGUUUGCAUACAAGAACCUCUUCUUCAAACCUGACAGGGAGGCUUUGAUAAAGAAAGUGAAGGACACUUACAAGGACAUAAUUGGCAGCAGCUGAAAGAGAGGAGAAGAGCUGGUUGCGGUGCCAUUGAUAAUAAAAUCAGUGUAACUCUCUUUUCUUUGGAGAGAAAUACACAUGAUUCUGUGAGCAGCCAUGCGCCUGUCUCUGAUCUGCUUUGUUUCCCCUUUCAUCCUUUCUCUCUGCGGAAACUCCUAACCACUGUAAUCUAUAUAUAUAGUUCAAACUUAUGAGAUGUUACUGGAAUUGAAUGCUUGUUGUGAUAAAAGCAGAAUUAGCCAUCUCUCAGGUGCACUUAAAUACAGCAGAAUUAUCCAUCUUCAGGACUUUAUGCUGCAUCCUCUCCAUACCACCUAGGUUUACUGUCUCGUUUGUUUCAUGGAAUUGAUAUGAAUUUGGUACUUAAAAACCAAGCAUCAUGGACUUUGUACACAAUCCGUCGUUUGCUUGAUGGAUUUAGGAUGAAUAAAUCCGUGGGGCCCACGGACUUGAGAAUUCCACCCCACGAAGUGGGAUUUGUGUUGGAGUACAAAGUCCAUGAUGACUUUUUACAUUUUUAACCCUACUUAUUUCACUAAUCAUCUACUCAUCCUCUUUCAUUUACUAAUUACCAACUUGAAGUGGAUAUUAAGUUUGCAUUCAAU